CUUUCUCAAUAAUAAAACCAAAAUUUAUUCAAUAAUAAACAAAACCAUAAACAAUUUCAAGUAAACGAAAUGUGAAUAUAUAUAUUCACUGUGCUGAGUGUCACUCCAAUAUGCAAAAGAUUGAAUAUGAAUAACAAGAAAAUUUUCAAGUGAAUAUAUAUAUCUAUAUAUAUAUUUUUAUGUGUUCGGAUGUAGACUUGGUUCAUGAACAUAAUUUUAAUCGAAAUAUUCGAUGUGUGUCUGUAAUCAUUUGCAUUUAAUAAGUGUGUUUAAUUCAAAUUUCGGUGAAUAUUCAUGUGAAUAUGGGAAAUUACCAAUGAGUCUCCCAAUCAAUGUUCCUUGGAUUUGGCUCAUCAAAUCGGCAACGUAAUCUUUUACGAAAAUUUAAUAUCCACUUAUUCAGAAUGAAACCUGGAUAAACAUUUAAAAAUCUCUUCAAUCCGAACUACACCGAAGAUGAUGCACAAUAAAAACCAACGAUGUAACGUCGAAUAUUUUGUUAUGUGAACAAUGAUACAAAGUGAGAGCAUGGACAUAAAAACAAUAAUGGAACAUGGAAAUAAAUGAAGCUUGUUUGAGCAACAAUCUCAAAACUCCGCAACAAAAAUAUAUCUCUAUAUAAGUUCCAAUGAUGGGGCUAAAUAUUCGAUUUGGUGCAAGAUAGCAUUUUUGAUAUGUGCGACAAUUGUGUUUAAGCAGUGAAAUCAAUUUUCAACUUAAUUCUAGACUGAUCAAAUAUGCGUGGGAAAAAAUCUAAACUACAUUUGUAAAAAAAAAAUUCCACGACACACAUGUGUUUUACACAAAAAAAAAUAUUAUUAUUACAAAAUGGUGAUUAUGAGUGAAUUGUUAGUUUCAAAAACCAAAACAGACUCACAUAUUAUAAUAAAAACGUAAUAAACAAAACUAAACGAACACUUUAAAAUCCAAGAUCAACAAAAAAAGAAACUUAAUAUUCAUGCAAUAUUGUUUUUGCAAUAUUAUUUUUACAAUUUGUAUCAUUUUGCUUACCGUGUUUUUACAUAAAUUUGGUUAACAUUAAUCAACAAGUAAAAUAAGCAAAUCAACUAAAUCAUUACCAAUUACAAUAAAUCUAUUUAUUAACAAGAGGGGAAGAGCGAGAGAGAGCGAGAGAAAGAAAAAAACAAUAUCAAAAGGUGCACGCAUUUUACCAUUAAUAAAAAGUGAAAUUAUUCAAUCUAAAAACAGCGAACGAUUAGCACAGCACUUCCGAAUGUGGCAAUACUUUAAAUUGUGGAAAAAACAUGUAUUCCACUGGCAACAAUGAUGAUCUAAAAAGGAUCAGUAGAAUGGAAGAAGCCGAACGAAAGGAAAGACGUGAAAGGGACAAACGUGAACGUGCGAAAAUGUCGUUAACACAAAAUCCAGAGCCUGAACCAGUGAUGCCGUCGUGCUUAUUUCAAGCACCUUGUUUUCGUAGAACCAGUCCAACGGAGAAGGAGCGACAAAUACAAUCGAAAUUGGGUGAUUUCCAAAGUGUGAAACAUCUUAUUGAUGGCGAUAAUAUGCUAUUGGUUGGUGUUAGCUCAUCACAAAUUCAUCGUUCACAGCAGCCUUCUUUUCCACCGCAAGCACCACCGGUCCUAAAUCAGCCAAAAUCUCAGUCACAGCUUCAACCACAAAUUCCACCAUCACAAAAUCGUAACAGUGUUAAACAGGUGAAACAACAUAUGAAUGGAUUAUCGAAUUCUCCUCAGCAACAACAAGCUGCAAUGCCUCAACAACAAGCGAAACCAUCACAAUUACCAAACGGAAUAAGGUCAAAUUACAAAUAUUCUUCACAAAUGCCGAGCAAUUUAGGAAUGCCAAAUGGACGACAUCACACACAAAUGGACCGAAUAAAUGAUAAGAUUCAAGAUUGUAACGAGAAGAAUGCGGAUCUCUUUGAUAAAGGAUUCCAAGCGCCCACCUUUGCAAAACCAUUCAAAGUUCCCAUGAAUCAUGACCAAGCGCAUUUAAAAACGAGAUCCGUUUCAAAUCGCAUUGAAACACCGUCAACGCCGACAGAAGGUGGCAUCGAAAUGGAUGUUCACAAUAUAUUGAAGAUUAUGAAGAAUCCAAAAAUGGAACCAUUGACCGAAAUUGCUGCUACACCAAGAACUGAAAUUGAAGUACAGCAACCAAAUAAGUCUCAUGUUUAUGCAAACAUACCGCCUUUUUUCCAUUCCUUACACAAUAGUUCAUCAACUCCGUUAGCACCACUUGCUCCGUUGACAUCGCCAAUGGCUCCAUUGGCACCGUUGGCACCUUUGGCACCAUUAACUCCAUUAGCUCCAUUGGCACCAUUGGCUCCGUUGAAUCCAAUGCCAUCAUCAUCACUUAUGACACCAAUAGCUGACAUAGAUGAGAACAAAACACAUUUAAAGUCGAUUGAUUCACUUCCAGAGCACGAUGGAAUUCCCAACAAAUCAACGGAACUUGAACACGAUUUGGAUUUAUCAGAAAGCGAUGACAAUGAAGGCGAAAAUAUUGAAAGCAAACAACAGCCAAAUAAAACGAAUGCUAAUGAUGACAAUUCAACAGAGAGUGGUUCCGAAGGAUCUAGUUCAAUGGAUUCGUCAAGUGAUGAUGAUGGUUCGAAAAAUGAACCAGAUACUGAAAGAGACAAAUGGAGCUUGGCAAAUUUUGCAAAACCAGAUCCAAAACCAGAUCCAAAACCAAUCGAGAAACAACCAUCGCAUAUAGUGCCUCAAGUUAAAACGGAAGUGACAGGAGACUUAUCGAAUAAUUUGAAUGCCGCUGAAUCAGCUAAAAAGAAGUCAUUUAUAUCACCAAAGUGCUUUACCAAUGAACAAAUCAAACAAGAACCAAUGGAUGAUGAAAAAGUUGAGAAAGCUUUAAAUAAGAAAAAACCACAAACACGGCAAAAACGACAAACCGUUGCGGAAAAGUCAACGCUAAGUGAAAGUAGCGACAAUGAAAAUGGGAAAAGUACGGGUACAAAAACGAGAAGAAGUCGAUCAAAGUCAACUGAAGUGAAGCGAAAUCGUGGCCGACCAAGAAAAAAUCCAACAACACCAACCACCUCAGAGAAUGUACAGCAAAAGAGUGCGAUUGAAUCGAAAAUAAUGUCACCAACACUCCGAACAACACCAAAAAAAGAAACGGCAGCAAAUGCAAAACGUGCACAGAGCAAUGCUCGUGCGAAAACUAAGAAACAAAGUGCAAAUAUAAAAAGUCGUCCGAUUGUAUCAACUGAUCCAUCCUCAAGUGAUGAAGAGACUGACCGCAAGAAAACCGUCAACAAAAUUGCAUCACCGGCCACCAAAGAAAAUCCCAUACGCCAUGGGUCCGAAAGACUUUUAUCUCCCAUUCAAUUAAGAAAUUCAAUAUCUCCUCGUGGUAAAUCAACGGUUCUUAAAAAAGUGGCGAGCUCGAGUGAAGAAGAUGACGAUGAUGACGAUGAUGAUGAAGAAGAAGAACAAGAAUCAAAGGCAAAACGCCGAAAACGAAAUGUACCAAAAGAAAAUCAUUCGCAUUACUCAUCGUCGGGCGAAAGUGAAGAGAGUAUUAAAAAUAAUAAAAAAGUGAACAAACCAGCGAAAAGUGAAAUAAAGAGUAGUAUUGUGCGAAAUAUAUUUCGAAUGACAAAGAAUGAUGGCGGUGCCAAAGGAAAGGGUCAAGUGUUGAUCGUUGGACAAUCAGAAGAUGUGCCCAAGGCAGUACCAAUUGCUCAGCGUAAUUGUAGCACGGCACCAACGACAAACAUCAACAACAAUAAACUUUUACCAAGUUCAAUCGUUUGCAAAAUCGAUAUCAAACGCUUAGAUCUCAUACGAUUAAGUCGGGUUUCAGGUGAUCAAAAUUGUCGUUCGAGCAACAAUAACAAGAGUCCAAUGGAUGCCAAUACGAAAUUGAAGGGAGGACGACGAAGACCUCAAAAUGGUGGUCGCUGGACCAGUCCACGUGACACAAGUUCAAGCAGUGAAAACAGUAGCGAUGACGAUAGUGCGGAUCCAGAAGCAAUCAAUGAAACAAAUCGAAAUGGUGGAUCAAACUACGAUCUUAAAGCUAAUUCAAAGCUUAAUUCAAUCAACGAUCAAAAACUUACUCGCAACAUACCAGACAUUCACAAUUCUGCGUAUAAUACCAUAAUCCAUACAAAUCUAAGCGACUGUCGUGCUGAUAAUACCGAUCUACAUGCGAUACGAAACAAUACCGCAUUCUCACGUUCACCGAAAUUAGAAGAGAAGCAAUUAAAUAAGAUAAAACGUGAAGGUCUAAAAGCUGAAUUUUCAGCAUCGGAAUUUAAUGCCUGUAAUCGGGCAAUAAAAUCACCAAAAGUGUUUAUCGAUGAUAAAUCGCUCGAUAAACUGGGUUACAACUGUGAUGGAAAAAAUGCGAAUGUCAAUAUCAAAAAAGAAUACGAUAAAAUUAAAUUAGAAAAUGGCAACGAUGAUGGCAACAAAUUAAUGAGCGGCGAUGACAUAGUAACAAACAAUCGAAAGAAGCGAGCGUCUAGCGCGAAUAGUAGUCCGUACAAGGAUAAAAAGAGGAAAAAGUUGUUUGAUGACUCAACAAUAGAUCAACAUCAUUUAGCACCAACAAAUCAUGAUAGAACGAAUUCUAGUAUCUUACCACCUCCACCACAAAAACCAAUUGUUACAAAGGUAUAUUAUUCCUAUUUUGAGCGUACAAACGACGAUAGGGACGAAAGAGAAUUGAAAGAUCAUCAUCGAUCGUUAUCAGAGGCAAAGAGACUGAAACAUGCAGCAGAUGCUGAAACGGACCAUUUGUCCCAAGCUAUGUUAUACUUAGAAGCAGCUGUAUAUUUUUUGUUAACCAGUGUUGCAAUGGAACGGGAUCCGCUUACAGAGAAGGCAGCAUUUACGAUGUACAACGACACUCUUAGUUUAAUAAAGUAUGUAUCAGAACUAAACGAAUAUAUCUCUUCAAAGUUUCGAAACCAACAACAGCAUCCUUCUCGUCAAGGAAGCAUUCAUAGUAAAGUAGCAAUUUUAAGUUUAAGAUGCCAAUCGUUAACACAUUUAAAACUGUACAAAAUGCGAAGACAUGAAGUUAAAGAAUGCCAAAAAACAAUAUCAGAAUAUUUAACGAAAAGUGGCUUUUCCGAAGUGCCAAAUGGUAAUACGCCAUCACCAUUAUCACCAACGAAUUCAGUUGGUUCACAGGGUUCGGGUUCAAAUACGCCGCCUUGUUCAUUAGUUCCAAUUCAAGUCCAUAAUGCGUUUCAGCGACAAGAUAAGUUCUUUAACCGUUUGGUUAUGUGUCAUGAUUUAUGGGAAUUGGCCGAUGCGACCGUUCUCAAAGGAAACCAUACAGAAUUUUUCGUUGAACUUGAUCACGAUAACGGACCAAUUACAUUGCACAGCUCUCUCAGCAAAGUGGUUAAAUAUGUUCAUGCCGGUUUGAAGAAACUGAAACAAUUGUAAAACUUCAAAAGCAAAAAGAAAAUACUGAAUUUUUUUUCGCGAAGAUAUUUUGUUAUAUCUACAAAUUCACGGAGAUUCUUUUCUAUUAAAAAAGUAAAUAUAUUUUAUUUAAAUAAAUAAUUUCAAUUUGUGUGGGUAUGUAAAACUACCAAAUCAACUCAAUGCUAAACGGCAAAUGGAAGAACAAACCAAAAUAUUACACAAAGGACAACACAAAAAUGGGGAAAAAAAUCACAGGAAAAAAGAGAUAGAUAGCAUUAAACUAAUUAUUAAAUUAUUACUAUUAUUAAUAUUAUUAUUUUCCUUUUGUUUUUUUCUCUCUGCUAUCAAUUAGACUUAUUAGUUAGUAUUUUAAGUUAUUUUAUUUAUCAAACACAAAAAAUCAAAAAGAUAUUCAAUUUUAUAAUUGCGUUAUAAAUUUGUUAAAUUUGUUAAACAUGCAAAUGUAAAACUUUGUAAAACCGGCCGUAAAAUGAAAAACACACACUCAUUGGGUUUGCACUCUUUUUCCACGAACGGGAAUAGAUGCUGAAAAGUUUUUCUUUUCUUUUCUUUUUUUUUUUAAAUUAUCAUAAAACAACCUAAUUAUUAACAUUUGUGUUAACAAUAAAGAAAAUUUUAUCGUUUCAUUUUUAACAUUUCGAUUAAAUCUAAAUCAAAAAUAUUGAAGUUUUUGUAUAUCAAU